GUGUGUGUUAGCGCCUCCUCCUGGCCUGCCACACCUCACCAGGCUCUAUCGGCGCUAUGACUUAGAUAAGAUGAUAUUUAUAUAAGGUACUAUUUACUUGGCUUAUAUUUAUACGCAGCCAAAUAUGGCUUUAGGUGUAUAAAUAUCUCUACCUGGACUUCAGCCGGAGACGUUGUUGGAGGCCCCCCGUUUCCAGGGAAGGCUGCAGGGGGAUUGGACACACCUAGAAGAGACCCCAGCUACAGGAGACGUAUAGCAGCAUGGCCGGCUGUGGCGAAGUGAACCUCUCGGUGAACGGCCCAGCUCCCUCCAAGCUGAAGGAGGAGGCGGGAGAGGACGCCCUCAGCGGCUCCCCCGCCGCCGUACCCCCGGAGUGCGCCAUCUGCCUGCAGAGCUGCGUCCACCCCGUCCGUCUCCCCUGCUGCCACAUCUUCUGCUUCCUGUGCGUGAAAGGCGCAUCCUGGCACAGCAAGCGCUGCGCCCUCUGCCGCCAAGAAAUCCCCGAGGACUUCCUGGAGCGUCCCGUCCUGCUCUCCCUGGAAGAGCUGAAAGCCGCGGCGGCGGGGCUGAGCCGGGGCGGCGGCGGGGGCGGGGAGUCUCGCGGUGACCACGCGUGGUACUACGAAGGGCGCAAUGGCUGGUGGCAGUACGACGAGAGGACCAGCCGAGAGCUGGAGGAGGCCUUCAUGAAGGGGAGGAAGAGCACCGAGAUGCUGAUCGCCGGCUUCCUUUACGUGGCAGACCUGGAGAACAUGGUGCAGUAUCGCAGGAACGAGCACAGCCGCAGGCGCAAGAUGAAGAGGGACGUAGUCAACAUCCCCAAGAAGGGCGUGGCAGGGCUGAGGUUGGAGUCCGAGGCCGCAUCCGUCCCGGCGCCACCGGCGGCGGGCUCCUCGACGGCGGACCGCGUGAGCUCGGCCGACGGCUCGGAUUCGUCAGGCCAGCCUCAGUCUUCGUCCUUCGGGAUCCUGCUGUCCCUUCCGCCCGUCAGACCUCAAACGCUCCUCGGGCGUCACCUGAACAGCCCGCUGUCUCCGACGCCGUCCACCCUGGAGCAAUCCUUCUCUCAGCUCCUCAUCAGCCGGCCAGCGGGGGGGGAGGUGGAAGAGGACGAGGAGACGCACACGUGUGAGUCUGCGUCGGGCAGCAGCGAGAGCGAAGAGGAGGAGGAGGAGGAGGAGAGCGAUGGAAGGAGACGCACACAACGAGCGCUAAGAGAGAGCCGGCACACCAGAGUUCCUCCGAGGGGCAUGCCUUCCAGCUCGGCCCUCAGCCUUCGCUCUCGCAGUCCUGACGGACAGUGCACCGUGACAGAAGUGUAAGACUCCAUAGACUCCUACCAGCUCAGCAAAAACACAUGAACCCAUCUCCAAGGAGAAACACCUCUGCUGUUGUCCUGGUCACCAUUCAGACACACUGACCACGUGCCAAAUGCCAUUUACUACUUAUGUCUGUUAAAAUAACGACUCGGUUAAAUUUAGCCUGCGUUCUAAAGCUUUACAACGCUGCAAACAAUUAGCAGGAGUUGCAUAAACCCCUUUUUUUUCUUUUUUUUUUUUCUUCCGAAACUGUUUUCAGAGAGAAACGGGAGCAGGCCUGUUUUCUCGCUCAUAAAUCGGUCCGACUCAGAGAGAGACGCUGACAGAUGCUGGGACGCUCGUGUGUUGAACCUCCUGCAUAACGAUGAUGAUGAUUGAAAGGGACUCGAGGUUUAUUUCUCUUAACUGUUCAUCUAGUUGGACGCAGCAGUGUACAAGUACGCCGAGCGCUCUGAGAAGUGAAACUGUUUUGCUCAGUGGAGCCUGGUGGCUGGAUUUCAAGACUUUAUCGUGUCCUUCCUUAUUUGUGACCUUCUUUUCUUUCCUAGUUAUACCUCCUUUCAGUCUCUUACAGUUUUCCUUCCUUCUUUCUGCCUUUCCUUUCGUAUCUCCUCGUGUCCUUCCUUGCUUCCUUCCUCUCUCCCUCAUGUUCCCAUCCUUUCUCUCCUUACUUCCUUCAUUAUUUCUUUAAGCUUCCCUCCUUGUUUUUUGGCACAUGAGGCCUAAACUCUUGUCUAAGCAUCCGACCCAAAUUCACAGACUUUUAAACAGCGCUGAAAACUGCACAUUUGAGUCUGGAAAAGUUGCUAAGACGUAACGAAUUGACCAAAAUGUUUUUUUUUAAAGUGCUAAGCAAUCCUUUAAUAACUCACGGACGUUCCAGCAUCUGCACUAUUCCUGAUCUAAGUCGCGCCCCCUGUGGCCGCGUUCCUCCAUCAAGUUUAGAAACGGGUCUUCUGGCGAGUCGCGUCUGAAAUUAAGAAACUUGUUUUAAUUUUUUUACGUGUGGCACAGGUACACGACUUACUUUGAAAUAAAAUCAUGUUGUUUUCCUCCCUAAUCUUUUCAGCUCAGGAAUGCGGCUGAUACUUUAAUGGUUUUUAUUUAAAAAAAAAAAAAACUUCUUGAGCGAUGAAGUAAAAAAAUCAAGCUAAAAUGUAGCGCGUUAACAUGAGAGCUGCAGAGGGUUAACAGCUUUGUUUUUUUUCUUUUUCCUUCCUGCAGUUUUUCAUUUUAAGGAGGUCACUCUGGAUGUGAUCUGCUGAAAUAGAAACGUGUGUGUGUGUGUGUGUGUGUGUGUGUGUGUGUGUGUGUGUGUGUGUGUGAGCAGAGGGAGGCUGUAUUCCCUCUGUUUUGGUGUCUUGUUUUAAUUAUGGCGCGUCGGGGCCGCCGUGAACAGCGCUGGGUGCUGAACAGCUACUGGCAGACCCACUGGAAAGUUUUUGUUUCUAUGUUCAGGGACACGCAUUUAGGUUUCUAUUUUCGACAGAGCAGCCCUAACAGCCACUAUCAAAGUAGCUGCAUUGACAUGUUCUUGGAUGAGCUCAGCCUCUUUUACUCCCGCCGCUGCUCGUUUCCCCCCCCCCCCUUUUUUUUUUUUUCCCUCCCGCUGGGUUUGUUUUUAACUUCGUCCUGUCUUGGUUCGACUCUCUGUGACCAUUUUCAUCUGUGUGGCGUUCUCUCUCGUGAUGUUUUGUGAAGCUAUUAAAAGUGUUUGUCGAUGACUUCAAGUGA